GCCUAACGUCAUAUAAUAAAGGAGUACCUCAGGGAGGCCCCCAAUGGCCGCCCCUAGUAGGAAACUUCCCGGAUGAUUACUAGCAUGUUCGGACGGAGAAUAAACUUCCACUACCGCCGCUACCGCUUUUAUAAAAAGAGUCUCUCUCACCUCUGUUCAUCCCAUUCUCCAUUGUUGCUUCAAAGACCAAAACAGUCCUCUUCCUUCUCGCCUGUGGAGAAAACCCAGAAUAAAAAGCAGGAAAAAGCAUCCUCUGCAAAUCUUUGGACGUGGAUUUCAGUUCUUCGAAGCAUCCUUGCGACCCAUCGAAGUUUUGGAUUUUUUCUUGGAUUGUUUGGUCUGUGAAGAAAGAAAGAACCGGAAAUGUCUGUUGAUUUUGCAGGAGCUGCUGUGGGAACAGCAUUCGGCGAGCUGUGCUCGCUUGUUAAGCACGUAGUGAACACCGUUGCCGUGUUUCGUCCCCAACUCAAGAAGAUUGAUUUCACCUUAAGCGAGAUGGACCCGAUCAUAAAGGACAUCUACCAUCUCUACUAACAGCUGGACCGUCUGAAAGAGAUGGAUCCGAUCAAGAAACUAUUGGAUGAAGGCAAAGGACUAGUCAACAACUGCUUGAGGAUCCACUCGCUCAACUGGUACAAGAGGUAUACACACUCGAACAAACUGACCGAGUACGACGUGGCUGUCCGUGAGAAGUUCCAGAUUUACAUGCCCCUGCUAGCCACGAGGAACCAUGCGGAGAUGUUGAUAAAGAUGGACGAGAUCAUGUUCAGAUGGCCUGGUCAAGCAAACGGUGGGGGCCUCCAGAGCGGGCUCGGGACUUGGGGCAACCUUUCGGUCCCUGUGGCGCCUGCUUUCAUGGUCGGGUCAGAGGCGGAGGUGUCCAUGAGGGAGAUCAAACUGCGGUUGCUCAAGGGGGGAGUGUCUGUGAUUGUUGUGACCGCCCCAGGUGGAUGUGGGAAAACCACUCUGCUCAAGAAGUUGUGCCAUGACUGGGAAAUUAAAGGCAAGUUCAACAACAUCAUGUUCGUCAGAGUCUCGAGGAAACCCAAUCUGAUAGGCAUUGUCCAGCAAAUGUAUCAACAUAACGGUUUUGAGGCGCCCGAGAUUGAAGCAGAAGAUGGUGCAUUUAGUUGCUUGGAGCAACUGCUCAACAGAAUAGGACAAGAUCCUGUGUUGCUUGUGCUGGACGAUGUCUGGGCCGAAUGGGAAUCAAUCCUUAAGAAGUUUGUCAGCAACGGUAUAAAAGAUUACAAGAUUGUGGUGACAUCAAGAUAUGAGUUUCCUUAUUUUCGUCCUGUGCAUCACCUGAAACCACUGACUCAUAAUGAAGCCGUAAAAUUAUUUCGUGAAUCUGUUGCUGUUGAUGAUGGAAGCAUGGAUGCACCGGAUGAUGAGACCUUGGAUCAGAUAGUGAAGCGCUGCAAGGGAUUGCCAUUGGCUCUUACAGUCGUUGCCAAGUCUCUCCGAGGAAAGGAUCGUCCAAUCUGGGAAAGAAAGCUUCUUGAUUGGUCUGAAGGUCAUUACCCCUUGGGUUUGGACAGCGAGAUUCUAGAUUGCCUCAGGAAGAGCUUGGAUGACUUGGAUGGUGACCCUUCAAUCAAGGAACGUUUCAUGGACCUUGGGUCGUUUCUGGAGGAUUGCAAGAUCCCCACCACCGCCCUUAUCGAUGUGUGGGUGGAAUUGUACAAGCUAGAUUUCAAAGGCGUGCGUGCUAUUGCUGACCUCCACGAACUCGUUUACAGGAACCUAGCUGAUCUCAUAGUCACCAGUGGCUACUAUGCUAUGCAACACGAUAUGCUCAGAGAGCUGGCUAUCAUGGAGUGCAACAAGGGGGAAAUAGAGAAGAGAGAGAGACUCAUUUUGGAGUUGAUUGGAAAUAAUUUUCCUGAUUGGUGGAGCAAGCAAAAGCAACAGCCUCUUGGCGCUCGUCUAGUAUCCAUCUCUACAGAUAAAACAUUCUCGACUCCCUGGCCAAAUCUUGAAUUGCCUAAAGUUGAGGCUCCUGUCUUGAACUUUCAGAACGACAUGCAAUCUAAAACUUAUUUGCCUGAAUUCAUUGAGGAGGCAGAUAAACUCAAGGCUCUAAUAGUAACAAACCAUAGCUUCUUUCCGACUGAGCUGCACAAUUUCCAUGUCCUUGGAUCCAAUUUAAGGAAGAUUAGGUUCCAACGUGUCAUAGUUCCUUUCCUAAGCAUGGGAAACCUGCGCUUGCACAAUCUGAAAAAGAUAUCGUUAUUCAUGUGCUAUAUCAGUCAAACUUCAACAUCGAAUGAUGCUAAAAUAUCCGAUGCAAUGCCAAACUUAGUGGAGCUCGACAUUGACUAUUGUGAUAAUCUUGUGACAUUACCGGAUGGCAUAUGUGAGAUAAAGCCUUUGAGAAAGCUUAGCAUCACAAAUUGCCAUAAUUUCUUCGCUCUUCCGGAACAAACUGGGCAACUAACAUCCCUCGAAGUGGUUGGGCUUAAUUCUUGCAUAACCUUGUCAAACUUACUAGAUUCGAUCAAAAGCCUUCAAAAUGUGAGACUUCUCAAUAUAUCUGACUGCCUGAAAUUGAGUGCCUUACCUCAUCAAAUCGGUCAAAUGGUUAAGCUUGAGAGGAUAAACAUAAGAGGGUGUCCAAAGUGGUCUGGGUUGCCAAGGUCCAUCAUGAACUUGAGGAACUUAAGGAAGGUGAUUUGUGAGAAAGAAAAAGCCGGCAUGUGGAAGCCUCUUAAGGACACUCUCCCGAGCUUGGACAUAAUUUUGUUCAAAGAAAAACAUAGCUUGGCUUGGCUUGAGUGACAAAGAUUGGGAAACGACGUCGACGGUGUGUGGACUUUUGAUCAAAUAUCGAAGGUCGUUUUUGAACCAUUUAAUAUUGAUGUGGACUGACCUGUCAUAUUUUCUUUGAUAUUUUCAAGUCAGGAAUUUUUUCUUCUUCCCAUUUAUUUCUUUCUUCCUUUCUUCUUCCCCUUCCUUCUACCACCAACAAUGCCGCUGCAAACCAUAACCACCGCAUCCUUACCAUCACCGUCAUUGCUGACACCUAAGUCGCAGCGCCUUACCACCACGGACCACUUCAGCAUCGCCUUUUCUCUCUCUUAUUUCUGAGGUGGAAACUCAAGAGAUCUGAGCCUCUGAAACCUAAUGUCCGAGGUCAUGGUGGCCUUAUAUCGGAGGUCGCAAACUCGAAUUUGAAGUAACGCGCUUCAGAUCUGAUGAGAGAGAGGGGCCCCUGCAAUGUCAUCUGAGCAAAGCUUCUGGUGGUGUUCGUGUGUGGCUUUGGUGUGGUGAUGGCUUUCUGAGACUAAAAUUAGUUUAGGAUAUGCUUGACCUAAAUCUAUCAUCCGUAAAAAUGUGUACUUAUAAACACAUGUGGAUUUUUCAUGUCAAAUCUAUCAUUCUCAAAGUUGGAUCCAUCUUACAAUCGUCUAUGUGGGAUAAUGGGUGGAAUACGCACGAAACAUAGAAUUUGAUUAGGAUACUAGUUUGAUAUAUUUUGUGAGACUAAAAUUAGUUUAGGAUAAAUGUGUGCUCAUGCACAUAGGGAAAAAAAAUCACUAGCAUACUUGAAAAACACAUAAAUGCAAUUGGCAGCGCAUGAGAAAAGAAAUAACAGAGAGAAUUGAGAGCAAGAAAACGAGGGAAAAUAAGGGAGUUUGGGAGAAAAACAUGAGUGAAUCGUGAGCAAUUUGUGUGGGAGCUUGAGUACGAACAUAACCAGGAUUCAGGUUGAAUCAGCACUUGUUCCCUAGCCAAACAUAGCCCGAUUCUCUGCCAAGAAGCAUGCAAACGUCCUUCGAUAUUUUGCUGGUCCGAAUUAGUGAAUUGUGCAACCAAAACCAGUAGUUGCUUAUGAUAUUUGCAAGGGUAAAGACACAUGAUUUUCGUUGCUUUAAAUGUUGGAAAUUUCAAUAGUUUUGAAAUAUUGAAAGCUAUUAUUAAGUGAUAAAAUGCUUUAAGUUUAUUGUAAUCUCCAUAUCCUACCAAAUCCAAAAAUUACCUUACUCUUUAUUUCUCAUAUUAUACAUUUCAAAUUGUAGUCACAGUAUCCAACAUCAUCAAAUAUAUGCGAAAUGCAUUACCAAUCACCUAAUAGGAGAAUUUGUAUUUUACCAUCCACAUCAAAUACUCAAUUUUAAUUUAAAAGCUCAUUUGGUCGGUUGAAAUGUUUUCAAUUUUUAGUGGGAUAAACUAAGUUUACCAUAAAAUAAUCAAUUCAGUAUACGAAGAAGAAUAACGCGGGCUGUUACGCGCUUUAACUAAACGAGUAACAUAGCGAGUAACAAAGCGAGGCGUCCAAUGGUCGGUCCUCCCAAGAACCUUCCUGUACCAUGACUAUAACAUGCCUGGCCCGAGGAUAGACUUCCACCGCCGCUUUUGCAAAGAGAGUCUCUCUCAGCUUUUCGUUCGUCACUUUCUCUGUCGUUGCUUCAUAGACCAAGAAGCUCCUCUUCCUCUUCCUUCUUGCCUAUUCGAAAAACCCAGAAGAAAAAAAGAAAA